AUGUCCGGCUACAAAUACACGGCCCUGAAUUUUGAUGACAUGGACGAUGAUGGGCCGUCGACGAGCAGCGCCGGAAAUAAUAAUCAAAGUUCCGACAACAACUUUCAGGAUAUAUUGUUCAAACAACAGCAAAUCAUCAAAGACCAAGAUGAGGACCUCGACCUGGUGAGCAAGUCGAUGGGCCAUUUGAAGAACAUGAGUUAUAAAAUUCAUGAAGAGCUGGAGGAGCAGAAUAUUAUGCUCGACGAGCUAGGCACCGAUAUGGAGCGGGUCGACACGAAACUCGACGGUGUUAUGAAGAAAAUGGCUAAAUUGACGAAUUUGGAUGACGACAAGCGCCAGUGCAAGAUGAUCCUCAUCCUCAGCAUCCUCCUGUUUUUCCUCGUCAUUGUCUUGAUAAUGGCU